AUGCUAAGAUCCCUUUGUUGUCAGGCUCGACGCCACUAUUCUUCUUCUGCUUCUACAAGCUCAGUGCCCCUUGCAUUCACUAAAUACCCGGCACCACAGCCCACUUCCAACUCGCCCCUUCUUGUAUGUCAUGGAUUAUUUGGCUCCAAACAAAACUGGCGUUCACUCGGCAAGAGCAUGAGCACUCGUUUAUCUCGCGAUGUGUACACAUUGGAUCUACGCAAUCACGGCGAAUCGCCCCAUGCCGAUGAACACACCUACCAUGCUAUGGCUGGUGAUCUUGUUUCGUUUAUAUCCGACCAUGAGCUCGAGAAGCCUAUUUUACUCGGUCAUUCUAUGGGUGGUAAAACAGUGAUGGCGACGUCUUUGUUACAUCCAUCUCUUGUGGAAAAACUGGUGGUGGUUGACAUUGCACCCUUUGCACUCCCUUUAUCGAAUGACUUUGGCACCUAUGUGGAUGCGAUGCGAGAGAUUGAUCAUGCAGGAUUCAAGAAACAAAGCGAUGCAGAUGCUGUGCUUGCCACAUUCGAAAAGGAUAUUGGCGUACGACAAUUUCUAUUGACCAAUCUCAAAAAACGACCCGAAGAUGGCGUGUACAAGUUCCGUGUGCCUUAUGAGACGCUCGGUGCUGCACUUGGCAACAUGGGCGAUUUCUCAAAGGAAUUCUCAUCCGCUCAGUACUCAGGUCCUACCCUAUUCAUUGCAGGUGGAAAGAGCUCCUAUGGUAAACCAAUCGAGCAACGACUUGGUGAAGUCAAGACCAUGUUCCCUGAUAGCCGUCUUGAAGUUGUCGAAGGUGCAGGUCACUGGGUGCAUGCUGAGAAACCGGAACCAUUCAUGAAGCUCAUCGUUGAUUUCAUUGGAACAACAAAGUAG